UAGUUCCAACUCCAGAUUCGAACUUUUUGGAUUAUUCCAAAUGCAUUUUUUUCAAAAACCUUUAAAAAAAAGUCACAACAAACUUUCCAAGCAUUUCCAGGCCCUGUAUGAACCUACAAAAACAGGCAGUGAGUUUCUCCCGUCUGUGUGAAGGGCGUUGGCCUUGCAUACAUGUACCGAAGGUGGAGUAGGAGGAGGGGGUCGGCUGUGAGAGGGACCUCUUUACUCAAGGUAAAUAAUAAUGGAAUGCGACCUCGAACGCAUCAGUCCACAUUAAGAGAGCUGCUACAGCCCUGGCAGCCGAUUAAACAAACAACAUACAGUGAGUGCAUUUAGAGCCUGCUGCCCCGCACAUGAAUUCCAGGUUUGUCCUGGGUAGACUGAAAGCGCACAGUAAUUCCCAUUAUAUACUUAUACUCUGAUGGGGUUUGUAGGAGCCGCUCAAACGUAGAGAAUAAAUUUAACUGUCGUUUAGUUAAUAAAAGUGAGGUGUACUGACUGGGAAUAGACAUAGAUUUGAAGUCUUGGGACGGCAUAAAAAAAAAAAAUUAAAGACAAAUAUUUCUCCUCUGGAUGUGUAGGGUGGGGAAAGUUGUAUUUAGACAAGAGACACAGAGACACUUUGUCCCCAUCGCCCUGACAGUCCCAAUUUUCCUCCAUUCCUCUCUCACUCUCCCAUGAUCCUGCCUCCUUUUUUUUUCCUCACACUUUCUUCCCCGGGAACUCGCACAGACCUUCUCCCAAUGAAAGAUGCAAUCGCUGCUUCGCUUUUCCCUCCUGCUCAUCCUCGCACGAAAGGGUUGCAUCAGUGCUCAAAAGAAUGGGCAGCUGCAGACCUCGCAAGCAGGACUAUCUGCGGCAGAGAGGCGUCAGUUCUGCCAGUGGCCCUGCAAGUGUCGACAGAGACCGUAUUGUUCUCCAGGGGUUAGCGCUGUGCUGGACGGCUGCGGCUGCUGCAAAACCUGUGCUAGGCAGAUUGGAGAGUCGUGCAACGAGAGGGACGUCUGUGACCCGCACAAGGGCAUGUUUUGUGACUUCUCAGCAGACCGGCCACGAUUUGAGGUUGGAGUGUGUGCAUACAUGAUGGCGGUGGGUUGCGAUUUGAAUGGCAUGCACUAUGAGAACGGGGAAGCCUUCCAGCCCAGCCCGCUCUACAAGUGCACGUGCAUCGCUGGAGCAAUCGGCUGCACCCCGGCGUUCAUCCAGAAGCCUGCUGUUGCCUUAGGACCUGCUCCCCUGAUGGGCAGUAUGCCAGCUGGCCUCCGUAGCAGCCAAGGCCCAAAGAAGAAGCAGCAGCAGGACACUACCUACAUGUCAGCUUACAGGGAUCAUCCUUUAGCCUGGAAGAACAACUGCCUGAUCCAGACGACGCCCUGGAGUCCCUGCUCUAAAACCUGUGGGGUGGGCAUCUCUGUGCGCGUCAACAACAACAACAGCAAGUGUGAAAUGAGAAAGGACCGCCGCCUGUGUCUGUUACGGCCGUGCGAGAAGAGAGUGCUCAGAGGCGUCAAGAUGCCAAAGGGAAAGACAUGCCAGCCCAAAUUCCAGGCAAGAAAAGCAGAGAAGCUGACGCUGUCGGGCUGCAGCAGCACGAAGAAGUUCAAGCCCACCUACUGCGGCGUCUGCACGGACAAACGUUGCUGCACGCCCAACAAGUCCCGCAUGAUCAAGGUGGAAUUCACCUGCAAAGCCGCCUCCAAAAUCGUGUGGAAAAUGCAGUGGAUAACUUCCUGCGUUUGCCAGAGGAAGUGCAACGAUCCCGACAACAUGUUUUCCGACCUGCAGUUGCUCUAAGAGAGCUGCCGCACAAGGCCAGAGACUGAUGCAGGGUAAGAGUCCUACUGCGUUGGACACAACGCUGAAAGUGAACCUUAUUGUUUAGUUUAAUUUAUUACUCUUCAGGGGCCAUGAUGUCCCCAUAGAGAAUAAAGGCUGAAUAUUUCACAUUAAUUAAUGGACGAUAGGAAGAGGUAAUUUUCCGAACUAUGAUAAAUCACGUCUUCGCAAUAUCGACUAGGAUACGGAUAUAUUCAUAGUUCAUUAAAUAGACUUAGGGUUUUGUAUAUACAGGUAAAUAGAAUAGUUUCUAUUGUCUAAAGCAGUGUUUCUCAAAUAGCGGGGCGCGCCCCACACGGGGUUAAGGUGUCGCAGGAGGGUAGGGGAUAAGAGGGCGAGAGGAGAAUUUCAGUAUGCUUUAUUUUUUAUUUAUGCUUGAGUGACGAACAAGCCUCCACUCAGUGCCACUAGAUGGCAGCAGAGCAGGUUGUAUUAAUCUAUUUUGAUAAUCAGGGGAUUGUAUGCAGAAUGCUGUGGAAUACAGUGGUUUGUACAGAUAAAUAAAUAUUACCAGGCGCUCAAUAUUAAUAUUUUAAGGGGGGGGGGCGUGAAAAAACUUUUGUCCCCUAGGGGGAGGCAUGGCAGAUCAUAGGGUGCUGUAUGUGUCAGUAGAUGUGUUUUUUUUAACUGAGCCAGAAAUAAAGAAUUAUAAACAAACGUUAUUGAAGCACUUUUUCACCUAAGGUCGGUGAAGUCUCAUCAGUGGAGAGUUCCGGAAAAACCUGAGACAGUUGCCGUUACUGUCAAUAAAAUUUUUUACACCGACUGACUGUUCUCUCGUGACUUUACUGAUGGCCACUGGUUGAAAAAUUAUUUCCCGUUCUGAGCGAGUAUUACUGUCGUUGUGCCAUGUAAAAGCAUGGCCUGUAGAGCUAAAUCAACAUGCAGCUUAGGGGUGUCAAACAUACGGCCCGCAAAAAU